AUGCACUGCUUCCACCUCCACCUACCUAACACCACCUUCAACCAUCAAUGCACUCCACCUACCUACCACCACCUUCAACCAUCAAUGCACUACUUCCACCUCCAUCUACCUACCACCACCUUCAACCAUCAAUGCACUGCUUCCACCUCCACCAACCUACCACCAUCUUCAACCAUAAAUGCACUGCUUCCACCUCCACCUACCUACCACCACCUUCAACCAUCAAUGCACUGCUUCCACCUCCACCUACCUAACACCACCUUCAACCAUCAAUGCACUCCACCUACCUACCACCACCUUCAACCAUCAAUGCACUACUUCCACCUCCAUCUACCUACCACCACCUUCAACCAUCAAUGCACUGCUUCCACCUCCACCAACCUACCACCAACUUCAACAAUGCACUGCUUCCAUCUCCACCUACCUACCACCACCUUCAACCAUCAAUGCACUCCACCUACCUACCACCAUCUUCAACCAUCAAUGCACUGCUUCCACCUCCACCUACCUACCACCACCUUCAACCAUCAAUGCACUGCUUCCACCUCCACCUACCUAACACCACCUUCAACCAUCAAUGCACUCCACCUACCUACCACCACCUUCAACCAUCAAUGCACUCCACCUACCUACCACCACCUUCAACCAUCAAUGCACUCCACCUACCUACCACCAUCUUCAACCAUCAAUGCACUACUUCCACCUCCAUCUACCUACCACCACCUUCAACCAUCAAUGCACUGCUUCCAUCUCCAACUACCUACCACCAACUUCAACAAUGCACUGCUUCCACCUCCACCUACCUACCAUCUUCAACCAUCAAUGCACUGCUUCCACCUACCUACCACCAUCUUUAACCAUCAAUGCACUGCUUCCACCUACCUACCACCACCUUCAACUAUCAAUGCACUGCUUCCACCUCCACCUACCUACCACCAUCUUCUACCAUCAAUGCACUGCUUCCAGAACCACAGUUCUAUUCUUCCUUCAACUACUACUAACUUAGUCGCUUUCCAAAACCAAGGUGCUGCUUCCACCUCUUCCUACCAAAAGCAUGACACCUCCUUCCAUCUCCACCGUGCUGAUUCUGUCUCCUUCAACCAUCACUGUGCUGAUUCCAUCUUCUUAAACAGCCCUGUGUCUCCACCAUGCUGA